AUGUCGGCGAGCCGCGAUGACGAGGUUGCUGUGCCGCCUGCACCGCAAGAUACGCCCAAAGCCGUUGUGAAAAAUGUUGAUAUGGAGCAAGAAAUGCAGCAGGCUAUCAUCGAACUAGCUGCAGAUGCCAUGGUGCGCUUCGCGGUGGAGAAAGACAUGGCCGCUCACGUCAAACGCACGGCCGAUGAGCGCUACGGUCCCACAUGGCAUGUCAUUGUGGGGCGUAGCUUCGGUAGCUUUGUGACUCACGAAUCCAAAUAUUUUAUCUACUUCUACCUGGGCACGAUGGCCUUUUUGAUUUGGCGUGCCUAG